CCUUUGUUCUAAUGUCGUACUAGUUUAGAGUGUGUUCCAUCUCUCAGCUAGAUGGGGCCAUAUCAGAAAAAUACACAAGACAUCAACAAUAACAACAAAAACAACUCAAUGGUAAACUCCAGUAGUAACAACAACAACAACAACAACAAUAGCAGCAGCAGCAACAGUAGCAGCAGCAAUAGCAGCCAACAACAGCAACAACAACAACAACAGCAACAACCACAACCGCCGCUGCCGCCGCCACCGGUCAGCUGCCCCUCCUCUAACCAGACGACCGAUGGGUCUGGGGGCUCGCAGCGAACGACUCGGAAAUCUCAGGAAAACAAAGCCGAGAAUGGGCAUCCAGUUACCAGUGGAGAGGAUAGCGAUGAGGCUGAGGAAAUUACCUUUAUCAUACAGCCGACCAAGAAGAAUGGUAAAACCAAAACCGGGACCAUUUUACGACGGGGGGACGAAGUGAUUUCUUUUACGUUUGAGGAUGUAAUCUACAAAGCCGGAGAUUGUGUCUAUGUGGACAGUUGCCGUGCCGACCAGCCACAUUAUAUAUGUACCAUUCAGAAUUUUAGGAUUACCAAACGCGAUACCCUGGUGGUGAAUGUGAAAUGGUAUUAUCGUCCAUCUGAAGUACCCUACAACGUUUACCAAUACCUUGUACAAGAUCGACACACAGAAACCAAAUCUGGCAUUGACCUUGCUAUAAAGGAUCCUUUGAUCAGUUCCCGGGAAUUAUUCAUCUCUGAUGUAUGUGACACCUACCAGGUAGCAACAUUAAGAGGCAGAUGUAAGGUUCAACAUUUCAAAGAUAUUGUGUCUGCCCGAGAAUUUAAACCUGUCCAGGAUUCCUUCUUUUAUAUCUUGGGCUAUAAUCCUGAAAGCAAAAGGCUGGCGACAACGCAGGGAGAAAUUCGGGUUGGCACGAGCCACCAGGCUCGGCUUCCUGAAUAUAAACGUGAUGUGUCUCCGUCAGACAUGCCAGAGAAAAGCGAACACAUGGAAGAGCUACGUUGGCGGCCACUGUGUGUUAUUGAUGGAGAACUUAUGAUGUACCUCAGUGCAGCCAGGAGCGUCGCUGCCUUUGCUGGCAUGUGUGAUGCCGGCUCCACGGAUGAUGGUUGUCAAGCGGCAUCAAUGGAUGAAACCACGAUAAAUGCCAUGGACACACUUCAUCUCUGCCAUUAUGACACAGGGAAGGCAUUGCAAGCUCUUGUCAAGUGUCCUGUACCUCGUGGUAUUGAGAAAAAAUGGACUGAUGAUGAAACGAAGCGCUUCAUCAAGGGUUUACGUCAGUAUGGGAAAAAUUUCUUCAAAAUUCGUAAAGAAUUACUCCCACACAGAGAAACGGGUGAACUGGUUGAGUACUACUAUUUCUGGAAGAAGACUCCAGCUGGCAUUACGGCCCGGCCCCAUCGACGACAUCGUCGGCAGAGUGGUUUGAAAAGACAGACAACACGAUCUCAGAGACCGCCAUCCAGUGAAUUCUAUCUCAGUUCUGCUAGUGAAAUAUCUGAUAAUGACUCAGAUGACAGCGAAGGGCGCGACUUGAGCGGCUACUCAUGUAGACGCUGCUUUACUACUACGUCCAAGGACUGGCACCAUGCAGGCAAGGAUAAAGCACUCCUGUGCACUGACUGCCGUUUGUUUUUCAAAAAGUAUGGUGAAGAUAGACCUGUAGUGGAUAGUCCGCCUGAUCCUCCGCCAUUUCUUUUCAAGCCAGUCCAAGAGGACGAAACCAUUAACGGCAAACACAAUAUGCGCACAAGGCGCAGCCGAGAAUCUGCUGGUAAAAGCAAGAAAAAGGACCGCCACAGUACUAGUAGCCCAGAUAAUAUUGAUAGUCCUCUCAACAGUUCGUCGAGUUCCCAAAAGAUAACUGGUCGCAAAUCUCCCAGCACGGUCAGUACCUGUAGUAACAGUAGCACUGACCGUGACAAAAAGACUACAACAGCAACUACAAGACUUAGGAAGGGCACAUCAGAGAGUCCUGUUAAAAGUCGCAAAAGACAGCAUCAUUUGGAAACUGACAAAUUUUCCAAGAAAAAGAAGCCUCAGGGUCCUUCAGAUUCCGAAUCAGUUUCUGACAGCAGUAGUAUCUCUGGAAAUGAAGAGAAUGGAAAUGAAGGUGAUAUUGAAAAUAACCAGGAUGAUUUGAGUUCAAAUUCACCCCCAAGUACGCCAAGCCCUGCAGAUAACUUGGUGUGCAAACCUCAGUUGUCUUCUCAGCUACCUGCAACCAUUUCCCCUUCAUCUACUGCAACCCCAAGGGGAGAGACUCGUCCCCCAUCAGUGCCUACUGAGUGCCCAGUUCCUCAACCACAGACAGCGGCACCUCCUCCGUCAUCUCUGCCACAACAGACACCGUCACCGCCACCACCACCUCCUCCUCCGCCACCUCCACAACAACAACAACAACAGCAGCAGCAGCAACAACAUCAACAACAACAGCAACAACAACUACAACCACAACUGCCACCACCACCACCUCAGCAACAGCAGCAGCAGCAACAGUCAUCUUCAUCUCUGCUGCAACCACAGACACAACUUCCGCCACAGUCACAGCCACCCGUGGCACCACCCCCUCUGCAAACGGCUCAUUCUCCACCUCCGCCACUUCAGCAAGAGGAGGAGGAAGAAGAGGAAGAGUUUAUUUCCCAACGACAGCAAGUUUUACCUGAAGCUCCGCUCGUUGAGAUCAAACAAGAGCCGAGGGACAUUGUCGAGAACACUCCGCCUCCACCGCCGCCCCCACCAUCUCUGUCAUGGCCCCUAUCACAGCAUCACCACCACCACCCUCCUCCAUCGAGCGCAGCCCCGGGCCACAUGUCUGCUGCCUUGCCCCUCUCUCCCCUUCAUUCACUAUCUCUGCCUGCACCCCCGAUGCAGAUCAAGCAGGAGAUCGAUUCUCCCGUUGCUGCGCCAGAACCUCCCCAACGCUGGGAGUACCCCCCUAUGGACCGCUACCCCUUUCCACACUCGUUACAUCCGCCUCCUCCUCCCCCUCCAUCGUCUCAAGCUUCACAAUCCUCAAACAUCAUGUUGCAUCCUUCUCAACAGACUCCUAACAUGCACUCAGCACCGCAGCCUCAUCUGCAACAAAGCCAACAGCAACAACAACAACAACAGCAACAGCAGCAACAACAGCCACAACCACCACACCACCAUCACCAACAACAACAACAGCAACAACAACAACAACAGCAGCAGGUGGCUCCUCCCCCUCAUCAUCUCUCAAUGCACCAGCCUCUGCAUCAACCGCCUCCUACAUCAAUGCAGAUGCCUUCUCACUUGUCACAGGGCCCAAACCAGCCUUCACAACAACAACAACACCAUCCACAUCCAUCAUCUCGUCACCAGCCUCCCUCUCCGCCAUCCAACGGUGGCCCCCAACAAACUCUCUCCUCACAUCACCAUCACUCCAUUCUGGAUCAAAGCCAGCCCCCGCCACACCCCUCACAUUCUUCUCUCGGACCUCCGCCGCCGCAGUCUCAUCCUCAAAUCUCACAGAAGCAUCACUCAUCGUUACCUCCUCACAGCCAGUCUCAUUCUGCGCCUCCGCCUCUGCAGCAGUACAUUGUGCCACCUCUAGCUCAGACCCAUCCGACUGCUGGCAACGUGGAAAUCAAGAAAGAACCAGAAGACUAUCAGCUGAAACCAAUUCCGCCAUCUCCGAAAACUCAUCCUCAAAACCUGCCUCAUGAGUUGAACCCCAAAUGUUUGGAUACCAAAGAUAUGUCUUUGGCACUGCCUCCUCAGUCUGCCCAUUCGCAACCUUUAGCCCCUGAGCAGAUCCCCACAGAUUCUCACUAUGAAAAAGACUCUGAUAGUAAUGAGGAUGAGUGCCAGAGACCUAUCAGUCCUGGACCAGAUGCCACACCCUGCAAUAAGGAAUUCCAUAAGAGUAAAAACGCUAUAUUUAUUAAACUGUUGAAUAGAGGAAUCAAUUCUUGUUCGCGCUGUGAUUUAGUUUUUAAACCUCAACCGCACUCGGAUUUAGCCAAGAAACGUGAAGAAAGAGAAAAGAAGGUCCUACAAGCAUCUGCUACUAUCAAGGAAGAGAAAGUUCAGCCUACAAAACGAAUUGAUACGCCUAUCAAGUCCAGCUCGACGGAAGCUCAAGUGACCAGCACAUUAUCAUCUCAGCAUGGCCCAUAUGGUGGUGAAAGAAUGACACCUCGUCCAUACCCCGGUCAUGACACUCCAGCCCUGAGACAGCUUAGUGAAUACGCCAGGCCACACACACUAGGUCAAGACUUUGGCCGGUCUGGUCCCUAUGGUCUGUCAACUUUACCUCCACAUGUUGACCCGAUGUUACCUUACAGAUUAGCCUCGAUGUAUCCAACAGGAUCUAGAGAAAGACUUGAACUUGAGUUGGAGCGAGACAAAAGGGAACGUGACGCCCGCGAACGGGAAUUACGGGAACGAGAGCUACGUGAAAUGGAAAUUAGAGAAAAAUUCAAAGCAGAUAUGGAAAUGAAACCUCCUGGUACUCCUGGAUCUAAAAUACGUGGAAAUGCGUUGGAUGCUCCUUGGAUCGAUAUGCGUCGUUAUGCCUAUCCUCCGACUGCUGCAGCACAAAGUCAUUUAGUCCAACAAUCGGCGGGUAACAGCUCCAGUAGCAACACACCUCAUAUACCAGGUGUUUACCCCCCAACAAGUUUAGCUAAUGAUCUGCUGGCACGAGAGAGGGAACGUUUGGAACGGUUAGGAAUUCCAACUGGUAUUUCUCACUUGUUGGGUGAUCCAGCAUAUUCAACUCUUGUGGAACGAAUCUCUGCUGAGCGGCUGCAGGCUGAGCGCCUUGCCCUCAGUACCGACCCGAUGGUUCGCCUUCAGAUGGCCAGUCUAUCUGCAGCAUCCACCCACGCUCAUACGCACACACAUGCACAUGCUCACACGCAUCUGCACGUACAUCAGCAGGAUCAUUUACCCCAGUACACUCACCCCUAUCAAGCCGCAGCAGCAGCAGCAUCCGGCGGAUCUCAGCCUGCCGUAUUUCAAGGCCUUUGUCCAGGAGCUGAUCCCAUGUCAGGAGUGACUCCAGGAGCUGCUGGGGCAACGAACCCCGGUGGUCAUCAUUUGCCUGCAUUACCCCACUCAUAUCCUUCCCAUCCAAUAUUGGCUAACCGGGAUCGGGAAUAUUUUCACCCUGAUGUUUUGAGGGCCUACAGUGACCCUGCCUUGGCACAUCAGGUGUCUGGUGGAAGGAAGAGAUAAAAACUCCCAGUAUUAAGUGAAAGAUCUCAACACAAGCAGCUCAUCAUGAAGCUAUGCAACGCCACUUUGCAAUGGAACGGGAGCGUUACGGAGCAGCAGGACACUUGCCUCACUGAUUAUUAUUAUUAUGGAAGUAGCAGUUGCUCGACGGCCUCGAUUUGCGGUGGGAGUCAUGGAGAGACUCACGCACACACACAAACACACACACACGCACAUACACACACAUAUAUAUAUAUAUAUAUAUAUACACACUGCUGGCCAGCUAAGGGGAACAAUUACAACUUGUACUAUUUCUUUGGAUAGAAAUGGUAUUCAGGGGAUGAUGAUGAUGAUGAUAAUAAUAAUAAUUAUGAUGAUAAUAAUAUUAAUAAUAAUAAAGUGAUCAUGCCAACCGAAAAACAAAACACACAAAAAAAAAGGAAAAAAAUGGUUUUUCUUGAUGAUCAGAUAUGCAAAGAGAUACUUUUGAUUCUAGUCUGCUAUUAGAUCCUGCACCAGUGACGGUUUGACAUAAACUUUGGAAAAAAAAAAAAAAUAAUAAUAAUAAUAAUAAACACAAAAAAUGAAACAAAUAGAAAAAAAUAAAAUCAUCACCAAAGGUUGUGGACUCCUUCUCUCUCUCUCUCUUUCUUUUUCCUCUUCCUUUCCUCCUCUUCUGCCUAUAUAUAUAUAUAUAUAUAUAUAUAUAUAUAUAUACAUAUAUACAUACAUAUAUAUAUACAUACAUAUAUAUAUAUAUAAACGGGGGGGACAAGAUAAGACGAAUAUCAGUCACAUAUACCUGUGCCUUUCAUUCUGUGGUUUUUUUCUUGGGUUUUUUUUUUUUCCGUUUCUUCCUUUUUCUUUUCCAUUUUUCUCCCCUUCCCCCCCACUUUCUUGUGGUGACUGAAGCGUAAUUCUCUCUUCUCGACAGAUCCUUCUCACAACACACCUUGUGAUAAACCGCACCAUGCCGGAAGGAGUUUCAAAAAAAAAAAAGACAAACUAUAAAACUACAUAUAUAUAUAUUUAUAUAUAUAUAAAUAAAUGAAUAUAAAUAUAAUAAUAAUUAUUAAUAUUAAUCUAUGAACUGGUGACUUUUUAAAAACAACAACAACACUUUGCUAUUUAAUUGGAUCAACCACGCUAAUUAAAUUAAUGAUGAUGAGGGUGGCUGCUUGUACAGGCUGUACUUUUUAUCUGUUGACUGAAGUAACGGCUACACACACACACACACACACACACAUGCUUCUUGUACUUGGUACUUUGUGGGGAACGGGUACAAACCUGAUUUUUAUGCCUCUGUUCAGGGAGUCAAACCAUCAACUUGAACUGCUGGAGCAGCUAAUAACAAUAACAAUAAUAAUAAUAAUAAUAAUCAAUGGCGUCGUUGAUUAACAACAAAAAAAAAAAAAAACCAUACAACAAAACAAAAAUUGAUUUCUAAAUUAGAUCGAUUAUUCCUGGUCGGUUGCCCCCCUUCUGCCCCCCCUCCCUCCUACCAUGUCUUCUUGCUCAAAGCAAGUCCCAGGAUCUUGUAUAAUUAAUUUGUUCUUGGUUUUAAGCCUUCAAAAAGACCCAGAAACCGUGCAAGGGGAGUUAACUCUUGUUAGUUAUGCAACAAAACUUUUUCUGUUUUUUAAUUUGCCAAACUGUAGCUGUUAUCAUCAGUCUGUGCAAACACUUCUUUAUCUCUUCUAUUUAUUUGAUAGAAAACUUCGAUUUUUAGUUGGUUAAAUGUGUGCAUUUAUUUUAAAAACGAUCCUUGUUUUUGUUUUUUUUUUUCUGUUUUUCUAAAUUAAAUCCUAAAUAUAAAAUCUCCCAAUCCUAUGUGUCUAGAGAAACACAAUUAUGCUCUUACUGAAACUACAGUUUGUCUCUAAAAAGAGAGAAAAGUAAUCUAUACACACACACAUAUAAUAUAUAUAUACAUAUAUAUAUAAUAUAUAUAUCACAAACAAAAACAGAAAUGGCCUCUAUUUUUUUAUAAUUUUUUUUUAAUGUCCUAGAAAGCCUCCAGAAUAGCUUAUGUACUAGUGAAUCAUAUGCUGUUGUUGGCUAAUAAUGAUGAUAUUCAGCCUCACCAUUUGGCAGGCAGGCUGGCUAGCGGCAAGUAGUAGCCAGCCCCACCACUUGGACGGCAGGCUGGUUAGUGGCAAGCAGUAGCCAACCUCAAAAGGGUUUUUCAUUCAUUCUCUUGAGUUUACAUCACGAUGUUCUAUCAACUUUUCCUGCCAAAAUCACUUGAAAAAUCCUCUGCAAUACAUUCAUUCCGAGAAAUGUCGUUAGAUUUUGGCCCUUUUUUUUUUUUUUUUUUUUUGCCCCCAUGUGGUGUGUGUGUGUGUGUUUGUUUUGUUUUUUUUCUGCCAUUGGAGGAAUAAAUUCUCUUCUUACCAUCUCCUCUCCCACCCUCGAGUCACUGGGGUAUAUACUUGUGUGUGUGUGUGUGUGUAGAUACAUACAUAUAUAUAUAUAUAUAUUUAUAUACAUACGUACACGUAUUGCAUCUGCUAGUUUAGAAACUUUCCAAAGUUUGUAUAAAAUACCGGUUGAAUUGAGUGCAAGAACAGAGCGAGUUAGAAUUGAACCCUGACAGAAGACAAUGGUGUCUUUAUCUGCAACUAGGAAUGUUCUUUUAGAAUGUGCAUUCGUUCUGUAAUUAUAAUAUUCACACCAUUUCUUGUAACGCCAUCUGGCAGCUGUCUCCGAUGGAACUUUGUGCGUCUGCAAGUUGUUACAGAGGGACAACCCCUAUUUUCUUGGCCCUUAAAUGCAGGAUUCUCCAUGUGGACAUCAGAGGGUGGAUGACCCACAAAUCUAUAACUAUUUUAAGUGUUGGUGCUUGCUGACCCUUGAGAAUCUUCCUAAUGAAAUUAUCUCAUUGACCCCUAACCCUUACUCUGCCCCCACCACAUUCCUCUUUUUUUUUUUAAUGCUGUUGAUUGUCUGUGAAGACAAGUUCUUCAGUCCUCAUGACAUCAACUGACUUCUGAUUCCAUUAACUCUGCUCCUCUUUUGCUUUCCUCUAGAGAUAAGCAUUUCCAAAUCUCUCGGGGCCCCCACCCCUCUCAACAGUCUCCAAUCACCAAAAUUGAUUCCCAGCUUUAAUAAUUAUUAUCCAACUAAUUAUCUCCCACACUUUUCUAAGACCCCUAUUUCAUUCUAUUCCAGCCUCGUCCUAAAUUGAUUGCAAAGACAUAAAAAUAGUUUCUUCCUCUUCUUCUUUCGUUUCUUCCAUUUCCCUGAAAUACCAACGGAGGGACUCGAAUAUCGUCUCAAUCGGUUCUUCUUCGUCUGCUUUCUGUUUAUUAUUCUCUUGUCUCGGUUGCGGCACUUUGGUCCUCUGCUUCUUGUCCCCACAUUUAAAAAAUCCCAUUCAUUGAAUAAACUUCCCUUUUUUUUCCUAAUUUGUAUCUCUUUACAAAAAGGAAACCAAGAUUAGCCGUUCAAUUUUCUGUGCAUCAUUGUCCUCAUCCAAACUGUUUGUUCUCAAAACGACUCUUGUCUUGUAGCUUCUUAAUUCUUUCUUUGGUUGUUGGAAUUGGACAUUCCACAUCGGUCAGUGUUUAACAGAUCAACAUCCCUUAGAAGUAUUUGUGUAUAUCCAAAAGUCUGUCCCCCUCUCGUUAUAGAGACAUGGAGGCUGGUUUUUCAUUGUAUUUAUCUGUCCCAGUUGGAAUAUUUUAUACAAAACAAUUAAAAGACACUCAUGAGGAGAUUGAAGUCAUUUCCCCUAUUUCUGAGCCAGCCUUUGUCAAAAAUAGAAAUCGAAUUGACCCUUAAAAUAACCACUUCAUUUGCGAGCCCCUGAUUAGAUGAUGUAAUCAACUUCAUUGAUUUUAAUAUUUCAUAGCUAUUCUCAAUGUCCAUUUAUAAUGCUAGAGGGAGGAGAGAGAGAGAGAGCGAAUCCUGUUCUAUCACCAUCAUUCUAACUAAUAAAUCUUACCACGUCGAGGAAUAAAUGCCUUAUUCAUCAUUCCUGUGUUUGCUAAAACUGUCUGGUGGUGAACAGAACUGGACAUUGACUCUGAAACCUUAAAACGUUCCCAUGAUUAGACCAUUGACAAGAAGACCCAGGCUUUGAACUCUGCUCUUCUGGGCUUCAUCACCUCCCUUCCUCCUCCUCCUCUUCCCCAGCCCAAGAGUCUUCACGUCUCUUUUCUUAUUGUAUCCCCUUUUUUUUUUCCGUUCACAAAAGUCCCUGAUUGUUGAAGUUGUAAAAGACCAAUAAACACACACACACACACUUAUAUUUGAACUGAUCUGAUAAGGAUUUAGUUUUAACCUACAUGGGUUGCUCUGACAACUACUAACAAGUACUAUUACUACUACUACUACUACUACUACUACAAAACUAAGCCAUCUGUGCCACUUUUGUUUGGUGGAGGAAGAAGAGGAGGCUGACAACCUUGAACGAUGAUGGUUUCCACAAAAAACAA